GGACCUUCAAUUUCCUUUCAGGAACGACCCGAGUCCAUUAACGGGGAGUGAAGAAAUGAUUUGACUCAAGCCAUCGUCGUGCCAUUGUCGUCAAUCCGGGUCCCAACGAAACCCUCAAUUUCGUUCUGAUCCCAACUCAUUUCUGCAACUCCGAAUCUCAACUACUUCAGGAAACUUCCGACAAGACGACGAUCUCUACUGGGUGUACCCACCCCUCUCUCUCUCAUACUCGUGGCACAGUAUAGCAUCUCAUCAAUUUCUUUUGGCGGGAAAUCUAGGCUUACUUGGCAUUUCAGUCAUCGAUAUAUACAGAUAGAUGGAUUCGUUCGAUUGAUACGCACGAGGAGAUGUGUUGAGAUAUCAAGAGAGAGAUGGGGACUUCGGACAACGAGAAGGGGCUGAUACUAGCAGUGGCGUCGAGCUUGUUCAUCGGUACCAGUUUCAUCCUCAAGAAGAAAGGUCUCAAGCGUGCUGCUGCUUCUUCUGGUACUCGCGCUGGAGUUGGAGGGUAUACUUAUUUACUAGAACCACUUUGGUGGGCAGGCAUGAUCACCAUGGUUGUUGGAGAGAUUGCAAAUUUUGUGGCUUAUGUUUAUGCUCCAGCAGUUCUUGUGACCCCUCUUGGUGCAUUGAGUAUAAUUGUUAGUGCUAUUUUGGCACACUUCAUGUUGAAGGAAAGACUGCGAAAACUGGGUGUUAUUGGAUGCAUGUCAUGCGUUGUGGGAUCGGUUGUAAUUGUUAUCCACGCCCCUGAAGAGCAAACCCCAAGUUCUGUACUGGAAAUCUGGACUUUGGCAACUCAACCAGCAUUUCUGAUUUAUGUAGCAGCUGCAUUGUCAAUAGUAUUGGCUUUGAUUUUGCAUUUUGAACCUCGCUAUGGGCAGACAAACAUUCUGGUCUACUUGGGAAUUUGUUCUUUAAUGGGUUCACUUACGGUUUUAAGCAUAAAGGCAAUUGGAAUUGCAAUAAAGCUUACCCUGCAGGGGACAAGUCAAAUUGCAUAUCCUCAGACUUGGUUCUUCCUAUCAGUUGCUGUUAUCUGUGUGGUCAUGCAGUUGAAUUAUCUGAACAAGGCGUUGGAUACAUUCAAUACUGCAAUUGUUUCUCCAAUCUAUUACGUGAUGUUCACGACUCUCACUAUUGUUGCCAGCAGUAUAAUGUUCAGGGACUGGUCAGGUCAAGAUGCCACCAGCAUAGCCUCUGAAAUAUGUGGAUUCAUCACAGUGCUUUCGGGAACCAUAAUACUUCAUUCGACAAGAGAACAUGAACAAGCUCCUGCUACAGGAACCAUAACAUGGUAUACACAAUCAAUGAAGAGUAUUGAUGAUGCGCAUUUUAUAACUUUAGACAAUUCCGACUAUUUCGAAUGAUGAAGCCUCUUUCUUUGGAAUUGAUGAGAAAACAACGUAAAUCCAAACUGUGAUGAAGCUGCCAAUGACUUGGCAUUAGCCUAGUUCAAUUUGCAGAGUAGAGGUCGAUGAUCCUUUUCAUCCUCAAAACUUUUGGGUUCUGCUUUUGGCUUGGGGCAAGAAAAUUGAGUCAGAGACGCUGGGAUGCAAAACGAUUCUCUCCAUGGAAUGAAGGUUUGCAUUUUUGUACCAAACUUGGGGGAGGGACGCUCGGAAGGGGUUUUAUUACCAAUUUUGUUUUUCUCUUUGGGUUUGUCGAUAUUUAUGCUUUUGCUUUCAUUUGAUGUAUGUGUGCAGUUAGAUUUAUUCUUUCCUCUAUUUGGGGUUGUAAAAUUUGUGGUACAUUUGUUUCAUCUAAUUUAAAUGAACAACUAUUACAUUGGUCAAA